UGGGCGUAGUGCUUCCUCUCCUCCCUGUUUUCCAGCGAUGGUGCAGACUGUCUCUUCUUCAUCACAGCCAGAGCUGGAUGCGUCUUUCCCGCUUCUCGUAGUCCUCACUGUCGAGCUCUUCUCCAGAGGAUUACCUGAAACUGAACGUAUAGGGACCACAGAUGUCAUGAAGAUCCAUCUCCCGAAUGAGACAUGAUAUUCUACAUUCUGAUUAUUGGCGUAUUGGAAAGAGGCCCCUGCUUUCCCACUAAGAGUCUUUGAUGGCUAGACAGACUUUUUAGUAGCUGAUGCCAUGGAUGAUUGAUUUUUAAAGUGCUCUUGUGGCGCUGUAUACUCAUAGUUGUCUCCAAAAUGAGCGGUCAAGGAGAGCCCUUCCGUGAGGGGGAGUUGAGAAAUAACAACCAAUGUUUGCUAGCUGAUGGUGAUGCCAACGCCAAUGAGAUCCAGACAGAAGAUGGCCGAAUGAUGGCUGAAUCUGGCACGAUGACUGAAACAGCACAGCAGGACAAAGUCAUCAUCUGGGGUACAGACUCGCAGUGUGAAGACCCCGACCUGGCUGAGUUUGAGAUGCUGGAGUGUCAGGAGCUGGAGGCCUACCUGGUGGAGGAUGGCGAGGACUUUGUCGGGCUUUCGAGCAAAAGAAGGUUCAAGACCAGAAUUCCUCCUGCAGCAAAGGUUCGGUGGACCAUGUGACGGAUAAUAAGAGCUGGGAAGAGAAAAAGACUAUUCUGCAUGGAGCCAGUGAGCAGGAAACCAAUGCCUCUCAGAAAUCUGAGAGCAGAGAGUUGUCCAAGACUGAGUUAAGCUCGGAAACUGAUGUCUUUGUGUCCUGUCUGUCCACCAUUUCAAGCAUGGACACUGCUAUGGACACUACUGUCAGAUCCCAGACAACAGACUCCUGGCACAUUGCCUCUGGGCCCUACUCAACCAUCUCAGAAGACUUGACUCAGACUGACAAUGUCCCUGAGAGAGGCAAGGUCUCUCAGAGAGGUGAUCAUCACCCCCUCCCCUCAGGAGAAAGCACAAUACACAGGAAAGAUGUGGACAUGAAUUUGAAUUCAACAGUUCAAUCUGAGGAUGUGGAAUCAGAGGUACAAGUGAGCAAUGGAGUUUUUAUGUGUAGGGAUGCCUUUGAUGAGCACAGGAAAAACAAUAACCAGAGAAAUAAAGCAGGAAAUACAAUUUUAGAGGGAGAAUUUGAUAAAAGGAGAAGUACUGAGCACAAGAGUUUACCAACAACAAAAACAUCACAUGAACAAAGCAACAACAAAAUGGAUAAAAGCACACAAGCUGACGAGGCCCCCAAUGUGAACUACAGCCCCACAAAAACAGGUACAAAGGGGACUCAGUCAUCCUUUGAAUCCAAAGCCAUGAAGAAACAAGGAUCCUUUGAUAACUCGUUGAAAAAACAAUACCCUCCUGAAUGGAGUUUCAAAAAGCAGCCAUCGUUUGAGACUUCUUUAAAGAAGCCGCCAUCCUUUGAAAACUCCUUAAAAAAGCAGGGUUCUUUUGAGAACACAGUACCCUCCACUUCAAGUCUGGAGAGGAGGAAGCCAUGGGGAAGCCCAAGUCGACCAGUAACUCCUACUUCCCCCAAAAUAACUUCUGGUUCCCCCAAAAGACGACUGCCUGGGUCUCCAGCAAAGGUCCAGAGCAUCAGGUCUCUGAGCUUCGAGCGCAGCGACUCUCCUCAGAGAGGUUUGGGUCCGACUGUCAGACCACCAGGUAAGACAGGUCUCAGCAGCUGCAUCCCCAAACCUGUCACAUCUCAGCAGAAAGAGCCUGAACCAAGGAGGUGUUCUUCUCCCCAGAAACCUAAAAAUGUCCGUCCCAAAAUAAUCACCUAUGUACGAAAGAAUCCUCAAGCUAAACCUCAAGGGACAGAAGUCCCACUCGAAGGCUCUGCACUCCCACAAAGAAUAUCCUCUUACUCCAGCCCACCAGCUCAGAAGGAUGCAAAGGUUGGUACUCAACCUAAAUCCACGCCGGUGCUAUGUUCCUCCAACCUGCUGUUUGAUAAAUAUCGACAGGAGAUGCAGAAGUCGGAGUAUUAUCCUCCAGGCAUGGCUUCGACUGGGGUGAAACCUCCAAGCAACAACGCUCCUCAAAGGUUGAGUGGGAAGUCGGGCAGUUUUCAUGAGGAUAUGCCAGAAAAACAUCUCCAAGAGAAUCUUUCCCAGGAUGGGUGCAGUGUCUAUCGCUCACCCAGAACUCUGAGGCCUCAGCUUGGGUUAGGGGCGGUCACCAGACAGCCUGCAGCCAAGACAAGAGUUCAAACAGGUCAGAGGUCAGUCCUAGUCCCAGGCCAGUCUGCUCAGGGAGCCGGAGCAUCCACCCAGGGAUACCAGGACCCUGCAAGAGAGCAAAAGAGGUCUGGUCUCCGUCCUCCAGGCUUCUCCUCCCUGCCAGCUUCCCGUCUGGCCACCCUCAGCUUUGUCCGGAGCUCCAGUGUCUCGUCUGUGUCCAGCAACCAAUCAAACGACAGCAGUCACAGCGAUCCCUGCCAACCCUCUCAGCAUCAUGGCAGUGGCAGCGAUGACACACCUCAGCACAAUGCCACUCAGCCUCCCCCCGCCCCCAGCCUGCAGCGCCGCAGUGUGCCCCCACAGUGCUGUUCUCCGCUCGCCUCUAGGAGAGAGAUGCAGAAGGACAUGGAGGCUGCACCAAAGUCCUCCCCUAAAAGAUGUGCUGUGGUUUCACCAAAGCCACAGUCCCCUGUUCAGGGUAGGACAGCAGCAGUUCACAGCGCUGUCCGGACUGACCGGGCCCAGGAGAUGGACCGGGUUCUGAUCCAGCAGCUGCGGGAGCGCUGUGAGCAGCAGGACCUGCAGCUGCAGAGCCUUCAGGCCCAGCUAAAGAAAGCCUCUCUGUGCCUGGAUGUUUUCAGCAUCACUACCCAGCAUUUUUGCAUCAAGAGUGAGAGUGCCGUUGUGAAGGAGAGGGAACUGUCCCUGGAGCUCGCCAGAAUCAGGGAUGAAGUGGCUUUCAGUGUUGCACACUGGGAGCAACUGCAGCAGGAGAAGGAGAAACUGGAGCGGCGCUUCAAAUCUGAGCUGCAGGGAUUGCGGGCUCAGCAGCAGAAGGAGCUGGGAGUGCUGGAGGAGCGGCUGAAGGCGCAGCACCAGGCCGAGGCCAAGAGCCUGCAGGCCCAACAGAGAACCGAGCUCCAGGAGCUGCGGAAAAAACAGCGAGAGCAGAUUGAGGAGAUGAGUGAGGACCAUGAGUCUUCCUUGAUGGAGAUGGAGACGGCUCACAACGACACUCUGGCCACUCUGCAGGAGGAGCAUGCCAGGACCGUGAAGAAUCUGAAGAUGGCCCAUGAACAGCAGACCAAAUCUCUAGAAGAAGACUUUCAAAAGAUCAGACUGUCACUGCAGGAUCAGGUGGACACGCUGACGUUUCAGAAUCGCAGUCUAAGAGAUCGAGCCAAGCGCUUUGAAGAGGCUCUACGCAAGAGCACUGAUGAGCAGAUAGUGGAUGCGUUGGCACCGUACAAACACAUUGAUGAGGACCUGAAGAGUCUGAAAGAGGUGCUGGAGAUGAAGAAUCAACAAAUUCAUCAACAGGAACAAAAGAUCUCAGAACUGGAGAAAAUACAGGCUGAAAAGAAUGUGUACCUGGAGGAGAGAGUACAGGUGUUACAGCAGCAGAAUGAGGACCUGAAGGAGAGAAUACACAAGAACCUAGCUGUGUCCAGGCAACUCUCAGAGGAUAAUGCCAACCUGAAGGUGAACGUGGAGAAGGAAAGCAACGAGAAAAAGCGGCUGAGUUGCACAAACGAUGAGCUGCUGUGGCGUCUUCAGACAGGCGAGCUAAGCCCUCGCAUGUCCCCCAGCGCCUCCCCCAUCCACCGCCCCCUCUCUGGACCAGGCUCUCCGGCUCGCCCCCACUCCUACCAUCAAUGACACCUCUCCAUGAAAGCUCUUGUAUCAAAUGCUUUCUUGUUUCUGGGAUCGCAAACCCAGAUUUUUUAAAACUCUUUCUUGAAUGUUUAAAGGAUUGACCAGUAUGUUUAUGGACGGACAUUAAAGGUCACCCACGUGGUGCAUUUCUAAAGUCAACCCCCAGGACUUUUAAACUCUGACAUAAAGAAUUGUAUUAAUGAUCGCAAGGGAAUCCUAUAUCCCCCUCUUUCUCUAUUCCAAAUGACUGAACAGACGUGCUGUGGGACUGCAGGGGAUUUGUGUCAUUUUAGACUUCAGAGAGCAGGAUCAAAGUCCCGUGCCUCAUUUCCAUGUUUUCCGUCCCAUCGACAUCACCACCUAUUCAUCCAGCGCUCAGGAUGAUGGAUGUACAAGACAUUUCCAACAUCACAAGUGCAACGACAAACACAAGAAGCGCCUUCUCCGUCCAUUCUCUCCCACCAGCAACUGGUCAAGGCACAGGCAAUACUUUGAGUAAAAUCACAAAACUAACUGGUUACUCUCAAAGUGUGGACUUUUCUCUGGGGUAUGUUAACAUUUUCAUUCUGAAAUAUUUCAUGUAUCAGGAGUGUAUGAAUGACUACCCAUCCAACCUAAAUCAUCUCUCCUAGCAACUGGAUAUCAGUGAUGACCCUGAAAUGUAUGAUUACAACUCAUAAAUCCAUUGAACUGCCAACACAGUAUAGCUAUUGACUAUAAGUUUGUAGAAACGUGUAAAUGUAUUGCUCUCUCUGAAGCAUGUUCUGUCUUCCAGUUAUGCAUUUUAUUUUAAGUUUACAAUAUGUGAGUGUGACAAUAUGGCAGGAAGUGUGAAGAGUAAUUAAACUGACCAGGAUUUAAUCAAAUGAAGACAGAAAAUAUAUCAUGGUGUUAUACAAUUUGUUUUUAAUGUGAGCUAUUGCCCCUUAUAUAAUGAUUUCCUACACACAUGCAGGACCUGUAGAAACCACCAAAGAGGAAAUCAUUAAGCACAGCAGUCCACCGUGUAUUGUGGCUGUCCUGUGGCUGAAGUUAUAUCAAUAUGUUCAUUAUGUUGUAUUCAUAAUGUUAUUUUACUUUCUCUUUCUUUAAGUGUACAUUAUCAUUGCUUUUGAAUUGUUGCUGUAUCUGUUGCUGCACACUUUUUUUUGCAAACAAAUACUGUAUUUCUGUUGGUAACAAUCUAAUUUAUACAAUAUUUCUCUUUUUAAAGCUCCAAAAUUUGGUAAAAAGUCCUAUUGAAAGGUAAAAACCAUUUGUAUGUAGGGAAAAAAUGUAUCUGAAUUACUAAGAAAAAUCCUGUAAAUCUUCAAGUGAUUACCUCAUUUAUUAUUUUAGAUUGUAAUCUCAGGUAUUGUGGAGAAUAAUUAGUCAGCAAAAGGAAGAAACCAUGCCAUAUCUUUUUCUUUUAGUAUUAAUCCCUUUUUUAUUUUUGCUCAUGUUUACAUAAUCACCCAGCUCAAAUGUCUGUUUUUCAGGAUAUACAUUAAAUAUGAUUUGGAUGUACAGAAUAUGUAUAAAUAUGUUAAAGAGCAAAGUGCGGGCAGCAAAUAUAUACAAAUACAUUGAAUAAAUGUUGCUUUAAUAUUAUAAUAUAAUUCAAAAACAGAUCCCCUAGGCACAUAACAUGUGGAAUUAUGCUCCAGCAGUGAUAUGUUUGCAGGUGUUUGGACAGGAAGGCAGAUAUAUUUACCUUUACUGUGUUCUGUAGGGUGGCAUUUCUCUCCAUCAGGUUCUUCGAUUGCACUGAUCGCCUAUGUGUCCUGUGGACAUGACCUUUUACUCAUUUACUGAAUGUUUUUUUGACACUAAAUAAGAGGUUUUGUUUACAGUUUACAUCCAAUAUCAGAGAAGUAGGUGUUUCACGUGGAUGUCGAUACUUCUGUUGAUUGUUUACGGUUAAAAUGAAAAAGCAUGUCUUUAUAAGGUUGUUGUGCAUUGUUUUACUUUUAUUGUGCAUCUGUUUUAUUUAUUUAUUUGACCUCAUUCAGAACUGCAACUGUAGCUUAGCUGGUUAAAAUAUUGUGGUUAGUAUGAAAAAUGUAUGUCUAAACUGUAUAUGUUGCACUUUGUAUUUAAGUAUUAAAUCACGAUAAGAACAUAAUUUCUUCAAAAGUGA